GAGGGUUUUUAACAAUAAACGAUCUUCGUGAGCGGCGUUGGGAUCUGCAGCAGCUGCAGUAGUGAAGGAGCAGCUCAGCUAACACACUAGCACUAACAGCUCAACUCGACCAUGACCUAAUCUGACCGUCCAGCCGCUGUCUUAUCCACCCUUUUCACCUGUCCAGGUAGAGUGUGUCGGAGAGGAGGAGGCGGAGGCAGUGGCGGUGGCAUGCGUUUGGGCAGCAGCUGGAGGUGGCAGCUCUCCCGGGCCAUGCGUCUAGCGCUGCGCUGGUGCCGGCUGUGCCGUCCUCAUGGAGGGGCUCGAGGUGUGGGCGCCAAAACUCUGAUAUACAACAAGUUGUUGGAGCUGUGGAGCUACUCGAAGCUGCUGCUCAAGUCUCUGUACUUCAACAGCCUCAGCAACUCAGACACUCUCCUGGACUGUGUCUUUGAACCUGUCUACUGCAUCGUGGACAAUGUUACCCGCUGGUUUGGAGUGGUGUUCGUCUGCCUCGUUGUCUUGCUUACGACGUCAGUUUUGGUCAUCGUCUACUUGUUCGUCCUACCCACAAUCCUUAGCACCUACCCUUUGCACUGGAUUAGUUGGCAUCUCUGCAUUGGACACUGGCUUCUCAUCAUGGUGGUGUUCCAUUACUACAAGGCCACCACCACCUCCGCAGGUCACCCACCCAAGGAUAAAAUCCAUAUUCCCUCAGUGUCCAUUUGUAAGAAAUGUAUCACACCAAAACCACCCAGGACGCACCACUGUAGCAUCUGCAACGUAUGUGUUUUGAAGAUGGACCACCACUGUCCCUGGCUGAAUAACUGCGUGGGCCAUUUCAACCACCGCUACUUCUUCUCUUUCUGCCUCUACAUGACGCUGGGCUGCGUCUACUGCAGCAUCAGCAGUAGGAACUUGUUUCUGGACGCCUACAGCGCUGUAGAGAGUUACUAUCAGACAUCUCCUCCAGAAUACACCUUCAGAGAGACCACAGCUCACAAGAGCAUCAUCUUCCUGUGGGUGCUGACCAGCUCGGUGGCGGUGGCGCUGGGAGGCCUCACCCUGUGGCAUGGCGUCCUCAUCAGCAGAGGAGAGACCAGCGUCGAGCGCCACAUCAAUCGAAAAGAGACCAAAAGACUGAAAGAGAAGGGCAAGGUGUUCAGGAAUCCAUAUCACCACGGUAAAAUGAACAACUGGAAGUUACUGUUUGGUGUGGAGAAAAGGAGUCACUGGUUCACGCGGGUCCUGUUGCCGUCCACCCACCUGCCCAACGGAGACGGCAUCAUGUGGGAGUGCACCUUCACCAGGAGAGACCCCAUGGCCAUCUGAGCCCGCCCCCCUGUCAGCCUCAGCCAAUCAAAAGCAGACUCUGAAGCAUUUCCACUCAUGUGUCUGUGUUGUGGGUACUGAAACCCCCUCCAUCUGUCUGCAUCACCAACAACAAAAGAAAAAAACGACAUAAUGUUUUUGCACAAGUGUGAAACUUGAUGGAAAUAAUCAGUAGUGAUUGUUUACAAAGCCUCCUUCAUCCACUUCAGUGCAACCUCGUCAACACAAAGGACUGAGACGGUGACCGGGUUCUAUUUAUAAACGGUGCUGCUGGGUGGCAUCACAUCACACCAGAUAUGACGCAUCAUCUGGAUGGUUUUUAGUCUUAUUUACAUGUCGUGUAUUGUUUCAUAAUCAGAUACUCACAUUUCUUACAUAUGUGACUUGAGAAAUUCAUCUCCCGUGUUAAGGCGAAGAAGAAAAUCAAGUGUUUUUCGCCCUCAAAUUUGUGUCUUAAAACACUGACACGUACACUGCUGUGCCUUGAUACACACUACUGAUGAGCCUUUGACUAGACGAGCGAUACAAGGCACUGUGACGUACCAUCCACCUUUUUCACCCCCAAGUGUUUAUAUGAGUGAUGAGUUCAAUCUGUAGUUGCCAUAGAAACAUGAUGUAAAGCUGUGAUAUCAUCUGUGACCAAGAGGAGCUGUGCUCCAGUUUGAAAUGUAUGGCUUUUUAAUAAAACCUGUGUUUGAUAUCUC